UCCGGCCGCGUCUCGCUAACUUUUCGCCGUAAACAGGCUGCGAGAGUCGGACAGGGUUCGGAGCUCCAGAUGUCUGAUGUCCGCGAUUCGGUCUGGUUUCGGCUCUGAAGUGUGCGCCUGACUGCGCCCAUUUUCCCGCAGCACGAAGCGAUAAAAGCGCACAGAACUCGAGCACACACAGAGAGAGGCGGCUAGCAGCGGUGCUAACGUUAGCGGCGAGGAGCAGCGCGGCCCCAACAAACCUGGACCCGAUGUCGCUGGUUGAUUUGGGGAAGCGGCUGCUGGAGGCGGCUCGGAAAGGUCAGGAUGACGAGGUUCGAAACUUGAUGGCCAAUGGAGCACCAUUCACCACUGACUGGCUCGGGACGUCCCCGCUCCACCUGGCCGCUCAGCACGGCCAUUACUCCACCGCCGACGUCCUGCUGAGGGCCGGCGUCAGCAGAGAUGCCCGCACUAAAGUGGACCGGACCCCGCUGCACAUGGCUGCUGCGGAGGGACACACAGUCAUCGUGGAGCUGUUGGUCCGGAACGGUGCAGACAUCAACGCUAAAGACAUGCUGAAGAUGACGGCGCUGCAUUGGGCGGCACAGCACGGGCACCACAGCGUGGCCGAGACGCUCAUCAAGCACGGCGCCGACGUGCACGCGCUCAGCAAGUUUGACAAGACGCCUUUCGACAUUGCCGUGGACAUCCAGAACACAGAGCUAAUGCUGCUGCUGCAGGAGGGCAUGCAGAACCAGGUGAACAUGAACCAGGUGAGCAUGAACCAGGUGAGCAUGAACGUGGAGACGAGCACCACCACCAACCAGCCGCAGUUCAUCAUCCAGGGAAUACCUGCCAUUCCGGGGGGUGUGGUCAACCUGGCUGAUCUUCUCAACAAGGCCAAUGCAGGAGAUUCUGAGGAGGCGAUGGCCGCCAGCGCUCUCGACUCCAACAUCCAGCACGCCACCGUCGUCAACGAGGGCGGUCAGAGGGUCAUCACCAUAGUAACGGACCAGCAUGGAAACCUGCAGACGACCGGAGGGAUGGCGCAGCCGUUCUUUGUCACCAUGCAGCACGGACAGCAGAUGCUCGCUGUGCCGGCCAACACGGUGACUGAGGAAGUGGUGACGGAGGAGCCGCAGCCCCCGCCCUCCAGGAAGAGGAAGCUGGAGGUGACCAACAACCACAACAACACAGGAGAGACGGAGCUGUUGCAGAGGCAGCUGCAGGAGGCCAACAGGAAGGCACAGGAGUACAGACAGCAGCUGCUGCGUAAGGAGCAGGAGGCCGAGGAGUACCGGAUCAAGCUGGAGGCCAUGGCCCAGAGUCAGGCCAACACCGGCAGCACAGCAACCGGCACCGCCAACGCUGCUGCCAGCCCUGAGGAGGUGGUGGGAGGAGAGGAAGACGAGGAGGAGGGAGCCGGCGGCGUGGUGGAGGAGGAGGGUGAGAUGGUGGUGUUGCAGGAGGGGGGCAUCAUCAUGGAGGGGGAGGAGGGUCAAGUGACGCUGGUAGAGGCAGGGGGAGAAACAACGGAGGUGAGCUCCUAAUGGAGAGGAGGAGGCAGGCUGUGUGCGCUGUUCUGACCCUCCCCCCAUAAAGACCUGAACCCAGCGUGAAAGACCUCCAUGUACGAGGAGAGGGCGCACCGAUGGAGGGAGGAGUUCAGCUCGGCACCGUAUGGAGUCCCCGGAUAAUUUGAUGUAGAAAUACAUUUCAUUUCUUUUUCCAAAACACCUCCUAUAAAGGGAUCCAAAAUGGCUGCUGCAUGAAGGAAAUGGACGGCCUCGGGAGGAGGGGGGACCUCGUUUGUCAUAACUGCGGUUCAUCUGUUGGCAGCCAUUUGUGUUUCCUGAAAGUCGCUUUAACACCCAGCUUUCCUCCCCGCCUGGCGCUGAUGAAGAGGAGGCCAGAUGUUUUUCCCCUUGAUAAAUUAUCCCAGUUAAACCCUCUGAUGCUCCUUUACUUAACGCCCUGUUUGUUCUGACCUGGGUCCACGCUGUGCGGCCUGGCACCAUCCACCAGAGGGCGCUGUGAAAGGAUUGCUUGGACACUACCGUCUGCAUCUGUUUGUUCUUCCGAUGUGACCUCAUCAUUGAACGUUUCCCCUUCGCUUCAGGAGAAUGACACAAGGAGCAUCUUGACUAAUUUCCUGUGCAUCAUUUGCUUUUUUGUUUUGAAUAUAGGAAAACUUGUGUUUAACCCCAGAGUGAGUCUGUGAAUCCUGACAUGAGCUGAACCAGGUCCAUGAUGGAAAGUGAAUGCCUUCGUUAAUUAUGAUGAUUGUUAUUUUCAGGUGGUUCCUGAAGGCGAUGUCACCUGAUCAGGGCUGACUGAAGUCACGUGAUGUGCUGAGGCUCUGAUUAAACCCCAAAGAUGAUCAGUUUAUUACAAUAAACGAAGGCUCUGCAAAGAUGUUGUACUUAGCUUCAUUUUGGAGGAUCUGCUCAUUUAAAGUGGACCUGCUCUGCUCUGUGAGCCACUCAAUAAUCCUUCCUUAUCUCAGUCUUAUCUUCGUCCUCUGUCUGAAAUUAGCUCUUUUAGCUCCUCCUCUUUAAGGCACCUGAUAGGCUGGACAGGAACAGAAGGUGGGUGUGUUGUCUGUGACAUCAUAGAGAUCCAAGGGUAGGAUGAGUUAAAAUGAGUGUUCAGCACAGUUUGAGCUUUGGACUCACAGGGAUCGCUGUCACACUGAGCUCAUUAUUAGAAGCUUUGGUCAUGUUUGACACGAACGUCCACCACAGAAGCAGGAGGUAACAGGAAGAAACAGGAGGGAGCAGGAAGAAACAGGAGGUAACAGGAAGUAACAGGAGGGAGCAGGAAGUAACAGGAGGGAGCAGGAAGUAAGGGGAAGCGGAGCAUGUCCACUUUAAAAAGAUGCGUCGGGCUGGAGAUAAAGCGACUGCCUUUGUUGGUGCGUUUAUGAACAGUUGGCUAUCUGAACUCUUCAGUUCGAGCUGCGCUUCAGUACAGCUAAAACCACAUCUGUGUCAUGCCUGUGUCUGCUGGACCUUGUUAGAUCACCAUGUUGGAGCAGAAAGACCAUCUUCUCUGCUGAUUACAUCACAUUUUGAUGAUGUCACAUUUGAGUAUGGAGGAGAACUCGUUAAAGUUUGGUGCGGUGUCUUUUUGGACGGGCAGCUGUACAGCCAUCACUGCUGCAGCGUUUCUUUAUCAUUUUAAGUUGUUUGAUCAUAAAUACCGAGAUUAACUUCUUCCUGUGUAGCCCUCAGUCAGGACAGCCCGUGCAAGGCGACAGUAAGCUCCUCCCACCCUUCUCAUCAGUGGUAGCAUUUGAAAAACAGUCUGAAGCAAAUUUUUCAAAUGUUUCCAACUCGUGCUCAAGAUUUUCAUCUCAUUUAGCUGCGUGUAAUCAAACAGCUGUCCUACAGAAAAGCUUCUUCAUAAUUCAUACAGUUCCUGUUAGACGCCAUGUAGCACUUCCUGACGGGGGGGCAGAUAGUGCUAAAUGCUAACUCAUACCUGGCAAAGGAAAAGAUGAGUGGAGGGGACCAGCAUCACAGGUCAGGUGUUCCUACAGCUCAGAGAGAAGUGUCAGCCAAUCAGCUGAGGCUCACCUAAGCUGGGGUGGGAUCUUACCUUUAUUACUCCAGUACCACUCACCCUGUCAUUUUAGAGACAGGUGAUGUCACACCUGAGACUGUAGGUGUUCUUGUGUGAAAGGCUUCUGUUGGCCGAGUCCAGCCCAGUCUGCUCCCUUAUUGGUGCCUACCUAUGAACCUACCUGUGCCCUCUCCCUCACCUGCAUGUUUUCACUUAUUUUUAUAAGCUCAGUGAUGACGACUUUUUUUCUAUGUAUAUAUAAAGUUGUAUUUUUGUAAACUGUACCUGAAUGCUUAACGAUGAUGAUGAUGGCUGCCUGCGUACCUGUGAUCUCAGGUGUAAACGCUUCUUUCUUUUAAUAAAAGCUUGUUUUAUAAGCCA